GCUGGGUUUCUUUUCGGAUUCUAUCGUUUUCGAUCGAAGUCCGGCUUUUAUUUUUGUUCUUGUCCUUGUUUUCAUACAUCAGUUUUUCUAAGGAUUAUCUCAGGCUCGGCCGCUGCGUGGAGAUGGAAGAUAUUAUUAACAACUAUAGGAAGAUGGCUAUUGGGGAGGCAGGUAACGAACUCAAUUUUGAUACAGAGGAAGCCGGUGAUGAGGAAGUGAUCGAAGAUCAGAUUGGCUUCCCGGUGGUUGGGACGGUGAUCUCCGAUCGGAAGGUUAAUUUUCAGGCGUUUCAGGAUGCGAUGACUUCAGCCUAGCGUCCUGGUAAGGGGAGAUAUCAAUCAAAGAAAUCGAUGAAAAAAGGUAU